UUAACCCCCCGAAGGUGUUCUUUGAUCUGCGCAUUGGUGAAGAGGAUGUGGGCCGUGUCGUCAUUGGGCUCUUUGGCAAAACUGUGCCCAAGACGGUGGAGAACUUUGCUGCACUGGCCACUGGAGAGAAAGGGUUUGGGUUUAAGGGCAGCAAGUUCCAUCGUGUGAUCAAGGACUUCAUGAUCCAGGGAGGAGACUUCACCCGUGGAGACGGCACUGGAGGGAAGAGUAUCUAUGGGGACCGCUUCCCUGAUGAGAACUUCAAGCUGAAACACUACGGCCCUGGCUGGGUGAGCAUGGCCAACGCUGGCAAGGACACCAAUGGUUCCCAGUUCUUCAUCACCACAGUGAAGACGCCAUGGCUGGAUGGCAAGCACGUGGUGUUUGGCAAAGUGCUGGAGGGCAUGGACGUGGUGAGGAAGGUGGAGAACACCAAGACAGACAGCCGGGACAAGCCCCUGAAAGACGUCACCAUCGCUGACUGCGGCACCAUAGAGGUAGAGAAGCCAUUUGCCAUUGCCAAAGAAUAAACCAUCGUCCUGGCUCAGCGAAACAGCAGGGCUCUGCGCUGCAGAGGUCCAGCUGCAAAGGGCUGCAGGCCUGGGGCUGCCCCGCUCUCCUCCCCCCGUGCGUUUCCCUGCCUCCCUGGCACCGUCCUUGGGCAGGUGAGCAGCAGCUGAGCCGCUGUGCCCCACGCACCCGCCUCCGCUGCCCAGGCCUCCUCAUUCACCCCUACUGCAUUCCAGCUGGCCGGCAGGCAGGACGGGGCGCUGGCUCCUCUUCCCAUCACUUUUGUAAGAAGCACAUGCACCAAUAAAUGUGACCAAUGUGUUUUUUAGA